AUGAUUAAUCAAACAACAGCAAAUAUAUCAUGGAUAUAUCCACUUGAUACAAAUAAUCCUGAUGAUAUCUCAUUACUUGGUGGUAUGAUAAAAGGUUUUUAUGUUAUCGUUUUUGCACCUUUAUCAAUGCAACCACCUAUUGUACAUCGUAAUUAUGAAGGUACUAUUGGUACACAAUAUUGGGAUAUUGUUGGUAAUUUAACGCCUGGUACAACAUAUCAUGCACAAGUGAAAGCAUUUACAAAAAAAGGCGAUGGAAAACCAAGUGUACCAUUUAUAUUUACUGUACCAAAGGAAGAUUUUCGACAAUUAGCACCAAGUAAUCUAACAGCAUAUAUUGUCAAUGCUCAUACAUUAAGUGUGACUUGGGAUUUACCAGCUAAUGUCAAUGCUAUAGAUAAAAUUUAUAUAACUAUUAUUGAACUUGGUAAAAAAAAUCGAACAAUUCAAACACAAUCAUUUGAUAAUACAAUUAAAAAACUAGAUAUACAAAUUGAUGCCAAGGAGCCAUUUAGUGUCCAUCCAAAUCGAACUUUACAUUUUUCUGCACGAUGUUCUGAUCGUAAUGGACAAAAUUCAUCAACUAUUGAAUACCAGUUUCAUGUUAAUAUGAAUAAUCCAGCACCACGUGAUGUUCGUGUUGUACGUGUAAAUGACUCAACUAUUCAAGUCUUUUGGUCACCAAUAUAUCAUCCAUCCGUUGCACGAUAUAUUGUUCAUUAUAAUGAUAAAGCUGAAAGUAAACCUGAAAAUACAUGGCCACUAUUUUCACCACCAAAUCCUGCUGCAACAUCUGCAAUCAUAAGUGGUUUAAAACCAGAUGCGAUGUAUAAUGUUCGUGUUAAUGCAGAAUUUUCGUCAUUAAAUAGUCAUGAUCCACUACAGACAUCGGGGACAAGUCCUCGUGAAGGAGAUUUAUCCGAAAUUCAAGUUGCUGAUAUAUAUCGUCGUUCAAAAGAUAUUAUUCAUUAUGAUGAACAAUUAAGUCGACCAUAUAAUCUAACUUAUGUUGAUCUUACAUCUAAUAGUGUUAAACUAUUAUUUCUAUUUAAUGAAACAAAUCUUGAUCAUCGUCGACAAAUACAAAAACUUGAAGUACAUUAUGAAGGUAUUCAAAAUUAUGUCGAUGGUUUAGGUACAACACGUAGUACAUCACAUCAUAAUUUAGCUGGUCUUAUAUCAAUACCUCCUACUCAAGGUUCACGUGAAUGGCUUGUUACAGGUUUAGUUCCAAAUACUCAAUAUACAUUUAAUUUAAGUGGAACAAUAUCAUCACCAGAUCAUGCAUCUAUUAAAAUUUAUAGUCGACCAGCUACAAUACGUUUUUCAACUGAUUAUGAUGCACCACCUUAUGUUGAUCGACCUGAACAAGAUCGAAAAAAUUUUCUCAAAACAAAUAGUUUAUCAUCGAGUCCACAAGUUUAUUUACGUCUUCAUCGUGCAUCAACAAAAAAUGGACCAAUUGAUCGAUAUUAUAUUGUUGUUCAUCGUAUUGAACAUAUUUCUUAUCAACAAUAUGUACCACAAGAGGGUCAUCGAGAAUGUUGUUAUACUGCUGCUGUAUUUAAUGAAUCACAAUUACCAGAUGUAUUUGUAUUAGGUGAUGGUAAAGAAACACGUGAUUGGGAACCAUUUCCUGGUCGAGUUUAUAAUAAUUCUCCCAUCUCACAUCCAUUAAAAGUUAAAUUAGUUUCAUGGGGUUUUAAUCGUAAAAAAGAAAAUUUAACAACAUCAAGUUCAACAAUACAAAUAAAUUUAUUACCCAAAUUAGUUUCAACACAAAGUCCUGAUACAUUUUAUAAUUUAUUAUGGAUAUUUGGAAUAAUUGUUUUAAUUUUUUUAAUUCUUCUUCUUAUUAUUAUAUUUAUAUUAAAUAUAGUCGAACAAAAAAGAAACCAUUAA